GUGGCAAUCCAGCUUGUCGGCCCGGCACCAAUGGGCCAACGGCCCGGAUGGACCUACUGGUACUGGUAGGUUGAUAUACGAGUAGAUCCUGUCGCGGCCCUCUGCCGUCGCCCUCCUAAGGGGGUGUGUGUGUACGUGCGCUCGCGUGUUUGCCGUCGUGUGUGUGUGUGUGCAUGGGUGCGAGAGCGCGAGGGCGGGCGGGUGUGCUUGUCACACACACACACGCACACACACACACACACACACACAUACACACACACACACACACACACACACAGAGAGAGAGAGAGAGAGAGAGAGAGAGAGAGAGAGAGAGAGUCGAAGGAGCGGUGAACAGCUCGGCGCGAAAGAGGUCGAAGGGUGGGCAGGGCUUUUUCUUGUCGGUUUGGUCUUGCAGCCAAGUGGGGGUUUGUCUGGAGCUGAACCUGGACGUCAGGUGUAGCCAAGUGGGGGUUUGUCUGGACCUGAACCUGGACGUCAGGUGUAGCCAAGUGGGGGGGUUGUCUGGACUCUGAACCUGGACGUCAGGUGUUCUUCUCAGCACCAAGUGAGCAAUACCUCUGUGAUUAGCCCUCCCUUUUCUUCGGAGGACGUCCAAGUUGAGACGGAUCUGAACCUGGACGCCAGGUGUAGCCAAGUGCUUUCAAAACGACCCAAAAAUUGAAGAACAUCCAUCUUUUUUGGCAGCCGUGGGGCGGGAACUCUUCAACUCUUUCGCCAGCAGCAGCACUCGUAUUUGCAUGCCAUUCUCGGAUAUGCUUGAGUACUUCAGUGCUCAUUCUCCAAGCGAUCUGUGUCGACACACCAGUGGAGAGGGAGGGGGGGAGCGGAUAGCAGUUUGUCCCCUUAGGCGACAGGUAGAGAGAGUAAUCCCUCCUUUUGGGGCUUUGGACUGGCCACUGGCUAUGGUGAGGCUAUGCAUGUACGAUGGGUAGAAAUUUGUCCCCUUGUGUCACAAAACGCUGGCUUCAAAUUGUUAUACCCUCGUUUGUCUGUCGUUGCUCUUUGUCUUCCGUUUGAAUAGGAUUUCUACUGCGACUCACUCGCACACUUCUCUGUCUGUUGUUGGCCUUUGUGUUCCAUUUGAAUUGGAUAUCUACUGCUGUGACUCGUAUACUUGUCUUCUCUCUCUUUUUUUGUCGCUCGCUCGAUAGCGGCCGCAGCACAGCGAUGGAAAGGACUGUAGUUGCCGUCCCUGACCAGAAAACGGUAGUCCUUGUGAACACGUUUAUUGUGCGCUCGGUUGCGUUCAUAAAUCGUUUCGCAGCGAUCUGCGACGAGAGGCUAGAGCAGGUCAAUCGGAAGAUCCACCAGCUUGAUACCACGCUAUCGCUUCUGGAGGCAAAUCUGUCGAGUGUCGGCCGUGCUGCUGACGCUCACAGGUCAACCGAUCGGCUAAGUAGAGCUUCCGCGCUGAGCAAAACCUCCGCCGAUGCAGAUGACAGAUCGGCCGCUCGUCUCUCAGAUCAGCGGACCGACAAGAACAGUCCUGCCGAUUCGUCAUGCAGUGGGAGGCCGGCCACGGCUUCCUUGGAGAGGUCGUUCUCAAGCACCUCCUCCUUUGGCGAGAGUGCAAAGUCGUCAUCGCAUUCGCUGGCGCAAAAGCCGGGGGAGGGGUCGGUGCCUGCAAACGCACCCAGAGCCAUAGAUCAUCCCCCACUACAGCGCUUCUUCCGAAUGGCUCGCGUAGGCAAGUAUUGGUGUUUCCGUGUCGUUCAUGAAAUGAACUUAAGUGCAAAGUCGGCUGGUCGAGGAGGAGGGCUAAAGGUAUGGGCCAUGGCAUCGACGUCGCUGUCCGCAUCUGCCAAGCGCAUCCACAAGGAACUUGCGGAGAUAAGUUUGAACCCGCCGCUGAAUUGUUCGGCAGGAGCAAAAGGGGACAACAUUUACGAGUGGGUUGCAACGAUUAUUGGACCUGCAGACUCGCCAUAUGAAGGGGGCAUCUUCUUCCUGGACGUCAUUUUCCCUCCCGAUUAUCCGUUUACGCCACCCAGCGUAGCUUUCCGGACACGAAUCUACCACUGCAAUGUCAAUAGCAACAAUGGCAUGAUUUGUUUGGACGUUUUGAAAGACUGCUGGAGUCCCGCGCUGACAAUCUCCUCCGUUUUGCGCUGCAUCCAAUCUCUCCUCGUUGAGCCUAAUCCCGACGACGCCCUCGUGGGGUCGAUCGCACGGCUGUUUGUGACAGAUCACAAUGCUCACGACCGGGUGGCGGCAGAUUGGACACGGCGAUUUGCUGUCUGACCAUGCGCUCGUCCAAUUCGUUCUGCAUCCGAUCUCUCCUUCUUGUUGAGCCGCAACCUGACGAGGCGCCAGUUUCUAUCAAUCGCAUGCGCCAGUUUCUAUCAAUCGCAUGGAUGUUCUUGACAGCAUCGUGAUUCGCACGACCGUAGGGUGGUGGCGAUUUGAAAACGGCAGUUUGCACUAGGAACGCUUGUUCACUUUGCACGGCGCCUGAUCUCUUUUUGUCGAAAAGCCCAUUUGUGAUGCUGACAUGCUAGCUCGGUCAAUCGCACUGCCGCCCAUGACAGUGUCGUGAUGCUCAUGACCGUGUCGGCGGGGAGCUCGGACACCACGACAGCUUGGUUUGUGAACACUGGCACCUGCCUGCGUCGGGACAGGGGAAGAAGAAGUAGAAGACGGUCUCUUGCGUGAUCGACAUCGGCAAUCACUGCCAAUGUGAAUUCUACUGAGACUGUGAUCUCACACUCAGACUUUCCUGAACGCAUCCGACGGCAAUUACGGCCCGUCGUGGAUGUAUUUGACCACAUUUACAUCUGAAGAUUAUUCCGGAAAGUGCUACCGGUAGUGUGAACACACCCUAACUCUUCAUUUGUGAGGAGACAGUCUCUCUUCAAUGUGCAUCCGUUGCCGAGUUUUAUCUGUCUAAGAGCAUAGUAGAAUAACUGGGCCUUUGGCGGCCCGUUGCUGAGCCCACUCAUUCAAAGGAUUAUCCAUUCCGCGAUGUUGGCCAGUGAAGGCGACAUAACUUGAGGCUCGCCAAGGUGUCGUCCUCACAAUCAAUUGAGCAAGCUCACAGGUCGCCUUACUCACUGCAGCUGUGGCCUAUUCGGGAUGUGUCGACUAAUUUAUUUACAGCUCAGUCGGAAAAAGGUCUUAGAGGGGUCUUAGAGGGGUCAGGAGUCUUAGGACACCCUUUCUAAAUCUAGAGUUUGAGAACGACUGCUUGUUCGAACCACCACAGCCGUUUACGACUGCCUUGAUUAUGCGGGGCCCGGGCCCGGGCCCAUUUUUUUCUGUCAGUUCGUCAGCCCGUCGACCUAUCGACAGCCAGCCAUAGGUUUCUUUUCCUGUCAGCAGGCUUUGCCCAAAGUUGUUGUUCUGAAAUGACCAUUCCUCCCAUGCUCUUUAUGCGUCUGAAAUGAUUGCGUUCCCCGUUUGGACUGUUGGAACCUUGGAAUGGCCACGAUGAAUGGAAAUAUACUCCGGUGGCCGUUAAACUGACAUCGAAAAUCAUGUAGUAGAAAGUUAAAAACCACUGCAAUAAACAACUAAAAACCGCUCAAAAACCAACGAACGGAGGGAACUGGAAAACCCAGAACAACCAAUGAACCGCACUCCCCCAUUCUUCCCUUUUUUUUUUUUUUUUUUUUUUUGUUGUUGUAUGACCUCUGCUGUGGCCAGCAAAAGUUUCACCGGAGGAGAGAAUGUGAGGGGAGGGAACACCCGAAAGUUUGCUGCUGCUGCUGGUUGUUAAUGUUGGUGUUUUUUUUUUUUUUUUUUUUUUUUUUGAAAGGGAAUUUUUCUUGGCAUCAACAUUUGGUUUAUCAACAGGGUUCCUUUUUUUUUUCAUGGGGGUGUGGACAAGGCUCCUUUCGGUUCAUUGUGGUUACGUCAGUACAUGUUCCACAAAUCUGUACGGAUUGUGGCUAUGGGAGGAGUCCUGGAGGACUUGAGCUAAUGGACCGCAGGCGUCAGGUAUGCUGCCGACAACCACUCCCUUUCUCAGUCCUCGUGACUUGUAGAAAUGACUGAAAGAGAAGGCUUCUUGGGAUCAUCGAUUGCGUUAUCGACAAAGGUUGUUUUCGGUUCGUUAUGGCCGUUUUCUCUGUGUUUCACUACUUCAUGAGUGAUGCUUGUAGUUAUGGGAGGAACUAGAGACCAUUUGUGUGGGUGUAGAAAUGGCUGAAAGAGAAGGCUUCUUGGGAUCAUCGAUUGCGUUAUCGACAAAG